UAGACCGUAGAGACGUAGUACCGCGGGGUAACUUGGAACUAUCAGCGAACACAUGUGUCAUUUCCCAACUUCCUACUGAUGUCUCUCUAUCAGUUGUGAUGACAAUUAACGGCGAGUUGUGUCUCGCCGAAAAACGGGUAUUUAACUCCUGCGUCUCGCGUGCACGAGAAAGAUGUAUGACAUAUGUCAUCCCAGCUAUUAUCAUCUGUGCAAACUCGGCUGUAAUGACCCGAUAAAAACGAGCACCGCCUUUUAUGUCUACAUUGAGAUAUGCGAAGUGAAGCGAUACUGGGAUGUCAAGUACAAGUAUAACGAAGAACUUGACCUAAUCUAUUUCGAGGUAAAGAAAAGGGAGCAUUCUCAGUUGGAGAUCUACAUACCAUGGCCGACCAAGUAUAACAUCUGUCUUGACAAGAUUGAGAAAAUGCAACAGUUAUUGCAAAAUGAACAAUUGACAUUCGUAUUUAAAUCUGAAGAUAGUAGCAGUGUUUUCUAUACGAUAAGCGCUGGUCUUUCGAAACCAGCGCCACCAGAAGUGAGUAAGCAACGAAAGGAAAAAGCGGAAAAGAUACUUAAUUUGGAAAGUGAAAUUCGGAGAAACAUAACAAACUUAUAUGAAUUAGCGAAAACUUUAGAUUCUUCUCACGAAACUAGCAGUCAAAAUUGUAAUUCUGACUUAAACACUACUGAAUCUUCAAAUAUUAAUUCUAAUUUGGAAAUAUUAUGAUACUAUUUCUCUAUUUAAUAUAUAAUUUUGAUCUAAUAUAUGUCUGUUGUCUGUAUAUCGGUAUUUAUCUGUUUUUGUUACACACCUUACAACUUAUGUAUCAGACGCACAAUAGUUAAACGCAUAAAGAAAUACCAAUUAACGAAGAUACAUUUGAAAUAAAACCAAUAUAUUUGUAAUUUUUUGUUGUUAGCCAUAAAAAAUAAUUUUCAUUAGCAUAAAUAACUAAUAAUUAAAGAAGGUGCAUUUAAAAAUAUAAAGAAAGAGAUGUAUAUCUUUAAUAUUUAUUUUUUAAAGUAAUUCACAUAUGCGGAUUUUGAUAAUACCUCUAAGGAUUGCAUAAUUGUUUAAAGUGAUAUGUGAUAAGCUGCCACUGCAAGUAUAUAUGAAUUAAAUAAAUUAUUAAUUUUUAAAAAUCUUCAUCUCUAGCCAUGUAUUAUUAGUAAAUACUACAAAAUAUGAGGCACAUAAAUUUUCUUAUAAAACUAAUGAUAAAUAUAGCGAACAUUUUAAUUCAAACUUACAUCUAAGUAAUUGCUAUGUAAUUAUGUUAUAUAUAAAAAAUACAUGUAACGAAAUAAUCGAAUAAAAAAUCUUCAUGAA